AUGACACCUCCAGCGAGACGUUUCUGCCAAAUCAUCAAGCUGAGGCCGGAGGCGGAGGCAGAGUACAAGAAGAUCCAUGCCAACGUCUGGCCUGGGGUUCUUGCUGCGCUCGAGCGGCACAACAUCGCCGACUACUCAAUUCAUUACCACCCGCCUCUCAACCUCUUGAUCGCGACCUUCAAGUAUGUUGGAAGCAACUAUGAGGCGGACAUGAAAGGCAUUGCAGCCGAUCCAGAGACGCUGCGAUGGUGGGCGGUCACGGAUGGCAUGCAGGAAAGCCUGGUGGAAGGUGCGACAGGGAGCGCGGGGACGACGCCUUGGUGGCAGCAACUGGAGGAGGUGUUCCGUUUCGAAGGCAAGACGGUAUCUUGA